ACGCGCAAAGCAAUGCACUUCACUGCACAGUGCAUGCAUUGGUUCGUUCCGUAACUGCAUGACAAACCUUGUAAAAUCUGUGUUCAUGUAUUUGACAUGCUUAAGAUGGCAUAGCAUUUCAAACGACUGAGCUGGACAUGGAAAUUAUUAACUGGCACUGAAAUCCAUGGCAUAUUACUCAAGUUGCUGAUGCCAAGCUGAAGAUUUUUGAAGGCCACCGUCUAUCAAGAGCCUGAAGAGGUGAUGUAGUCAUGGAUGUUGAAGACUUUGCGUUAGGACUGCGUACCAGUCUACACCGUGCUGCGUUUGAGGGUCAUGUGAUCCAGCUGAGUCGUUUGAUCCAGGAGGGCGCGAUCGUGAACUGCUCCACGAUCGACGGAGUGACGCCUCUCCACGAAGCAUGCGGCCAGGGACGUACUGAAUGCGCAGGAAUGCUACUAGAUGCUGGGGCACAGGUGAAUGCCACGAACGUUGACAGUUCAACCCCACUGUGUGAUGCGUCAAGUUUUGGCGACGUGGACUGCGUCCGGUUACUGCUGAGGUCCGGAGCACUGACCAAUCCUCCCAUUAUGUUUACCACGCCCCUGCAUGAGGCUGCUUUAAGAGGCCAUGUUGCAUGUCUUAAGGAGCUCAUCCAAGCUGGAGGUAACGUGGAUGCAACUGAUGGUCAUUUUGGUACGCCCCUCCAUGCAGCAUGCCAUAGAGGCAGUGUACAGUGUGCCAAGAUGCUUCUCAAAGCAGGAGCGAAUGUGAAUGCCCUAAAAAUCCACGAAACUCCACUCCACGUAGCGGCCUCUGUCCCAAACCCAGAACUGACCCAGUUGCUUCUAGACUUUCGUGCAGAUGUCAACUAUUGCGAUAACGUUGGUAGGCGUCCCAUCGACCGAGCCGUCAAGGGGAGCCUUGUUGCUGAUAUGUUACAACGACAUGCAGAGAAUGUGGCACCCUUGACCCAGCUAUGCAGACUUAGGAUUGUGAAAACUUUGCGACGUAAACUCUUGAACUCGGUUCAGUGUCUUGAGUUACCCAAAACUCUUCAAGAAUUUCUGUGUUUCACCCGGAGGUGACAUACGAUAGGUAAGCAAAGUAACGACUGGGAACAUUUUUACAAAUCUUGUAUAAAUGUCCAGAAUGAGUGAAUGAGUUUAGCUCACCCAGAUCGACAUGGGUCAGCCCGCGCCGUUCGAUUAGCUCUGACGUCAUUCUCAGGGCUCACCCGGGUCAGCC